UUCAGAAAUGGUGAGAACUUUCUCAUGAGUUUCUUAUCCAAAACUUUUGUUUAUGCAGUAGUAAUUAUAUAUAUAUAUAAAUGCAGUUCACAAGAUUGAAAAAUACAUUUUUACUCCCCUUUCCCUUGAUUUAUUAUUUAACUAAUCUUUGUUUUAAUGUAUUUUAAGGAAGAGGAAAAAAGAAUAUUCAGUGAAGAAUUGGAGAAGCUUGGGAAAGUUAUAGAGGAAGAUUUAGCAAACCAGUACUUUGACGAGGAAAUUCAAAUGCUGAUUUUUCCAAAGGACCUGUCGGUAACUUCAGAUAAGUUUCAACUCAAAGAUAACGAGGCCUUUUGUGGGGAGUCUGGAAUUACUGACAUGUUCAAAGACUCUGAGGAAAAGGGAGAACAGGAGUUCAAAGAACAAUUAAAUAAGCUUGAGGAAGAUUUGAAGAAGGAUGGAACAUUGGAAUUCUUGUCCUUGGAAGACCCUCAACCUGAAAUGUUGGCAGGAAAUGAUUUGGUGAGGCAGGAAUACUGCAACGAGUACGGACUGCAGGUGCCUGUAAUUGGAGGGCCUCAUCAUGACCCUGCUGGCAUGCAAGGAGGAACCACUGCUGCUGGUGGAUCCUCUGGUGGUCCUGCCAUCCAAUGAAAAGUUUAACUUCACCUUGAUCCCACUUUAAUGUAGUUUCUUAUGGGACAUGUUACAUGGAUGAUGGAGGUUUUAUGUUUAUCUUGUCUUAUAGUAGCCAUGGAUUAUGUUGGUGCAGCAAUCAUCUAGAAUGAUAUGAACCUAAUUACAUGAACACUAAUUAGAUGGUUGUGUUGAAUGGGAUAUUUGCAAUGGAUGUUAAUUGUAUAAACUGCAUGUUAUUUAGAGUGUUUUUUAGAGGUUUCCCUUUCUCUUGAUUCCACAUUUAUGUUGCUUC